AAAAAACAGAAGAAAAGGAAGGAAGAGUUCAUAAUUGGUAGUUUUUACUGCCAACAGUAUCAAUUGAAAAAAGUUAUGUAUUUUCACCAUUCGUCAAGUCCAACAUUUAUUCAGUAAACUCACACUUUAAGGUCGUGUUUAUAUUUAUAUACAGCCCUGAAAAGACCACGUAUAUAUUCAACAAAACCAUAGAAAAGACAUCCCGCAAGUAAUUAACUAUUGUAGCUAGCCUAAUGGAUAGAAGAAAUGAAAGAAAUUCAGCUUCAACAAAGAAGCGCAAAAUUGAUACUACUACAAAAAAGCUCCCUAUCAUUAAUUUCACCGCCGAAAACCUAACGCCCGGCACAGAAAACUGGAGAUCAACGUGCAAAGCCGUGAGGGAAGCCAUGGAAGAGUUCAGCUCGUUCAUCGGCGUUUACGACGACGACGGCGAACUAGGCCCCCGGCCGGAGCUUAUGAGAUCCGUCUUUUCAUCGCUGAAGGAGUUGUUUGAUCUCCCUGAGGAGACAAAAUCGCUCAACACGUCGGAGCUGCCGGGUUUUGGUUAUUUCGGAGGGAUGUGGUGGCAACUCAUCGAAACCGUUGGGAUCGGAGAUUCCACGAGUCUUGAAUCCGUCCAAAGUUUUACAAAACUUAUGUGGCCCUCCGGCAACAACAACUUUUGCCAAACGAUAUAUCAGUAUGCAACAGAAGUAUCAAAACUUGGAGAAAUAGUGACCAGAAUGAUAUUUGAGAGCUAUGGUGUUGAAGACUACUGUGAUUCUUUUCUAGAUUCAACCUCGUAUCUCCUUCGAGCCAACUCUUACAGGGUACCCCACGUGAAUGAAACAAAUGUGGGGGUUAGUCCCCAUGGAGAUUCAACUUUCAUCACCGUUCUUAAACAAGAUGAAGUGGGAGGACUGGAGGUGCAAUAUUCAAAAAAUGGCACUUGGAUUCCUGUUGAUUUUCCACCAUCCUCUUUUACCUUUCUUGCUGGCGACGCCUUAUUAGCAUGGAGCAAUGGCAAAAUACGAUCUUGUUUUCACAGGGUGAUGAUGGCAAAGAAAGCAAGAUUAUCAAUUGGUCUAUUUUCCUUCCAUAAGGGAAUAGUUGAAGUACCAGAAGAGUUAGCUGGGGAUGAUUCGUUACAAUUUAGGUCAUUUGAUCACUUUGGGUUGCUGAAGUUUCGUUACAAAAAUGAAUCUUUAUCUUCUGAAGAAAGAGUUAAAGCCUUCUGUGGUGUUAAGAAAGAUGAUUAAUGAAUGUUUUAUUGAGCGAGAAGAAACAAAUUUUUCUAAUGAAUAAGUGAAUACAGGAAAAAUAUACAAUGAAUGUUGUGGUUUUAAUAUAAAUUAUCCUCUAACCUUAGAUGGUUAGUAUAAAUAAAUGAAAUGUAAUUUCAUUUACAUCAUUCGUUCUCACUUUUUCUUGUGAAAUUUUUAAUGCGUAUAUAUCAUUAUUCUGUUUUAAUUUAGUGUUAUAUUGAGGUUUUGUCUAUUUCAUUGUAAC